AUGAAGCUUGUUGUGAUAUUGAUAGUUUUAUCACUAGCUGUUUCGGUCGGUGAAAAAUAUAAGUUAAGUCCUAGGAUAUCCGGGGGCUAUAGGGCCAAGACCUUUACAAUUAUAUACCUAGUUGGAAUCGUCUUCUUCAAAACUCUAAGAUCACCACUGUACCACGGAGCCGGCACCAUCAUUUCGAACCAAUGGAUCCUCACAGUCAAGCAUGUUCUGAAAUACAAAUACAUUGAGGUCCAUCUCGCAUCAAGAAGAUCGUAUAGGGGCUUUGAUAUUAUAAGGAUCUACAAGGAAAACUUCUACUUUCACUAUGAUAAAAAUCGCGAAAUCGCCCUGGUCAAGUGUCCCUACCAAAAGUUCGACUAUCGAAUAGGCCGGGUUCGCAUUCCAGCUUAUGGAACAAGAUACAAUCGAUUCCUCGGAAAUAUGACCAUGGUCUGUGGCUACGGAACCGAAAAACGAGAUGGUAAGAUUCCCGAAUGGAUGCAUUGCAUAGAAGUGGAGGUCAUUUCCAACGAGGAGUGCACCAAAUACUAUGCACCAUUGCAAUCGUAUGAGAUGUGCACCUCUGGAGAAGGCUUCAAAGGAGUUUGUGAGGGCGACGUUGGUGGAGCGGUGGUCACGAUGGGCCAAAAUCCCACCUUCAUUGGUAUUAUUUGGCUCAUGCCCUCCAACUGUAGCAUUGGAUAUCCAUCGGUUCACAUCCGCGUCAGCGAUCACAUAAAGUGGAUAAAGAGUAUAUCCGGUGUAGGAUUCUGAGAAGGAUAAACAAAUGAAUCAUAGAAAAACAGAAUGAAGCUUUCUGCAAACAAAGCAAUUAACAUAACUUCUGAAGAUGAACGAAUUGCUUAAUGUAGUUCAUGAAUAUUAAUACAAAUUAAUGUAAAAACUAAAUGGUUGUAAAUGUUCUGCAAAAUGUAGUAUGUUAUCUUUGAUUUGAUUAAAACACCUUAAACAACUGCCUCCAAAA